CAGAGAUUGAAAUUUUGGGGAGAUGAAAGGUUAAAGUGAGAGGUGGAGAGCUAUAUAUGACGGAAGAGACCCUCUCCUCUCUCAACAGGUGAAGAACAAUACCCAUUUCUCCGGUAAAAGUAAUCAUCACCACCGUCGUGAACAUGGCUCUGGUAGCAGAAGAUGUGAAGAAGAGAUCGGAGGUGUACUACGGGGACGAAAUCUGCCAAGUGAAGUCCAAAGAGCUACUCAAGGAAAUCUCUCUCCCCAAUGGUCUCUUGCCCCUCAAAGACAUAGAAGAGUGCGGUUACGACCGAGAAACCGGCUUCGUCUGGCUCAAGCAAAAGAAGAAUUACACUCACAAGUUCGAGAAAAUCGGUAAACUCGUGUCCUACGCGCCCGAGGUCACUGCUCAAGUAGAGAAGGGAAAGAUCUCCAAGCUCACCGGUGUGGAGACGAAGGAGCUCUUGCUCUGGAUCACGCUCAGUGACAUCUACGUCGAUGACCCUCCCACCGGCAAAAUCACCUUCAAAACCCCCGCAGGGCUAUUUCGGUCUUUUCCUGUCUCCGCCUUCGAGAUUGAGGAGGAGGCUCAGGCGAGUAAGCGCGUGGAGGAGCCCGCUGCGGCUGUGCAAGUCAAAGAGGUCUGAUUCAUUCUCAACUAUCUUCUGUCUUGGUGGUUAGUUACGGUGAAUGAAUCCAAAAUGAUAAUAAUUACUGUCAAAUUAAGUUUUAUUUAUGUCACUCUUUUUAUUAUUAAUGUUAUUUUUAUCAUGAAAUCAAUAUGAUACUGCUCUUUUAGCAAUUAACCGUCCUUUUGAUUUCGUCUUGGAGGAAACAAAUGGAUUCAUAUUUGGAUGGUUAUUUACUUUUUCUGGAA